AUGGGGGUCGGACGACGACGAUGGCAGCGGCAGCGGCAUCCUUCCACCCUCGCCCCUCGUUCACUCCCCCUGCCCUCUGCCUCACUCUCUUGCCCUUUGCCUUGCCCUCUGCCCCGCCUUCUCUCCCUCGUCCGCCCCUCGUCCGCCCCUUCGCCUCGCCCUUCCCUCUGCUCCGCCUUUCACCAUCUGCCCCACCGUCUCGCCGAUCUUGCCCUUUACCCAUCUCGCCUUCUCGCCCUCUACCACCUCGCUCUCUCGCCUCUCGCCCACCUCGCCCACCUUGCUCACCUUGCCCCUCUUGCCCCUCUUGCCCUUUUGCCCCUCUUGCCCGUUUCUCCCGUUUCUCCCGUUUCGCCCAUCUCCCUCCUCCGCCCUCUCGCCUCUCUCGCCUCUCUCGCCUCUCUCGCCCCUCUCGUCUCUCGCCCCUCUCGUCUCUCGCCCACCUUGCCCUCUCGCCCACCUUGCCUGCUCGUUGUCGCCCUCUCGUCGGCCCUCUUGUCCACUUCAACCCCUCGCCCACCUCGCCGUCUGCCCUGCCCUCUCGCCCUCGCGCGCCUGUCACUCGCUCUCGCCCUCUGCUUCAUCCUUUGCCCUGUCGGAAUUGCCCACGUCGGCACCAGCAUUUCCCCCAGCCCUGUCGGCACCUAUCACAUCGGCAUCGGUCUUCACCCGUCCAUACAGCCCCGCGAGUUGUCUGGCAUAGCAGGCAACAUGUUUUCUCCAUUGAUGGUGCUGGAACCAGCAAACCCCCAGGGCCUCAGUGAGCGUGAGCUGCUCGUUCUGCAUGCCGAGAUCAAGGCCCUUCAGGCUCAUUAUGGUUUGAGCUAUCAAGAGGCAGCACACCGCCUGGAGAUCGCAGAGAUCAAGGAAUUGGAGGCCAACGACACUGCAAUGAAGGCCUUUGCCGCCAUUGAAGAACACAUUAAAAACACCAUUAUUCACGAUCUCCGCCCCCCCAUCACACGCAUCGACCGGGGGGACUUCGACAACAUCAACUUUGCAAAGGGGACCAUCGGGGCUGGAGGUCACCCCAGUUCUCCCAGGAAUGCGAGCUCAUCCAAGGGCAUAGGUACUGGGCAGUAA